UUUCCAAUUGACCAUCGGUUGUGUGUUCUGAAUGCAUGGCAACCCUACCAACUUCAUAGGAUUACAAAGAUUUGAACUUUUAAGGCAAACGUCACACCAACCUCUUUUGAGGAUCUCGGGUACGGACUACGGAUUAACCCUUUGCUUCGAUCGAGUCCGAACCUUGAAUCCACAGGCCAUACUCCAUACUCGAGGCCUGUCAAAGCUGAAUUUCAUCGAAGAGAAUUUCUUUUCAACAUCUUAAUUGAGAACACACGACAAGUGGAAAAUGCAGAUUUUCAAAGGGCUCGUACUUAAGCGUUCCCAUGGAAUUCGUAGAUUUCUUCCCCAGUACAGAAACCUCUGCUCCCAUAGCAUCAACCCAGAUGAUAACGAGGAACUUCAAAAUCAAGUGCUAGUAGAAGGCAAAGGUCAUUCUCGAACAGCUAUUCUCAACAGACCCUCUGCCCUCAAUGCUCUUACAGCUUCAAUGGGAGUGCGUUUGAAAAAACUGUACGAGUCCUGGGAAGGAAAUCCUGAUAUUGGUUUCGUCGUGAUGAAGGUUAGUGAUUUUGUUCUGUAUUGAUUCAAAUAAUCUCUACAGCGGAAAUUUUUUUGAUGGAGAUCAAUGGACUUACCAUUGAGUCCCAAAAUCUGUCCCAUAUUGUUCAUGAUUGACUCUUCUUGGCUUUGCUGUAAUUGUAAACCUGCAACACCAUUCAAGGUUCUAUCCCUCUUUGGUCUCUCACUUUAUGACAAUGGAUGAUGGUUCUCCAAUUUUGUCUGUCCAUGACUAGAGAGAUAUGCACCAUCAAGCUUAUAUAUAUACCUCACCAUCAAGGGAUAUUGGCACUUAAGGGAGUUAAACUGCCUAUCCACAUAAGCAACUCAAGGUCUGAUGUGGC